AUGUCAUCUUCAAGCUCUCAUUCACCAUGUGCUGCAUGCAAGUUUUUAAGAAGGAAAUGCACUUUAGAGUGUGUGUUUGCACCAUACUUCCCACCUGAUCAACCACAAAAGUUCGCCUGCGUCCACAAGGUUUAUGGUGCAAGUAACGUGGCCAAGAUCCUGAAUGAGCUGCCCGUCGCUCACCGCGAAGAGGCUGUGGUCUCCCUAGCCUACGAGGCACAAGCCCGCCUUCGUGAUCCAGUCUACGGUUGUGUAGGUUUCAUCUCUGUCCUCCACAAUCGCCUCAAGCAAGUCCAGACGGAGCUCAAUGCUGCCAAGAAAGAGCUCGCCGCCUACAUUGGCCCUCAGGCAAUGAUGAUCCCAUCCUACAGCCUCUCCUCAAUGCCACCCAUGUUCGGAAUUCCCCCAAAUGUUUCUAUUGGCCAGCAGCACCAACAGUUCAUGAUUCAGGAUCCAGCCAAUCAUCAUUUGCAACAUCCAAUGUUUGUUGAGAGUGCUGCUCAGGCGCAGCAACAACAAAUGAGGUUCAACAAUGGAUUUGAUCAAAUGGGUGUGGCUUCAGUUGGAGACAUAGGAGUGGGCAUUGGCGGCGUGUUUAAUAAUCAGAUGAGCAGCAGUGGUGGCGGUGGUGGUGGUAGUGGUUCUCCUAGUCCUGCUGCUGCUGGUGUUAUGUCUCCUACCUUAAGUCUGCAAGGAAGCUUUAAUAAUAAUAUUUUUAAUAGCCAGAUGCAACCACACCAAACCACGGUACUACAUCACAAUACUCUUGACUAUCAGCUUCAAUCACAGCUUUUGCUCCAAUCUCAGCACAACUCAGAAGCCGAGGAGAGUUGA